UCACCAGGAACUGCAUCUACAUCAGAUGGAGAUCCCAAAACUCCAGCUGGACCACCUAAGCCGAAAAUUCAUCGCUCGAGUGACACCGAAGAUGAUGAUGAAAAAAACCCAAAGAUUCGUCUUCAUCGUGUUCUGGAAUCUCGAAAAGCAAUGCUCAAGAAAGAGCAAGCAAUGGCUUAUGCUCGUUCACUCGUGGCCGGUUUUGAGAUGGACUCGUUGUAUGACCUUGUCUCUUUCGGUGAUGCUUUUGGCGCUCACCGUUUGAGGGAAGCAUGUGUAAACUUUAUGGAACUUUGUAACAAGAAAAACGAGGACAAGAUUUGGAUGGAUGAAGUUGCUGCCGUGCGAGCUUCGUAUUUAGGAACUUCUGGAAUUACAGAGACGAACGAAGAAAAUGGUCUGCCGGUCGAGUUCAACCAGCAACAGCCACAAUUACCAAAAUGGCCACAACAUUGUCCUCAGUACAUGCAAAAUAGCCAAGCCUCUUUAUUCCAACCUUACCCAGGAUACAUAUUCCCAGGCAGCAUGCCAUGGCCUGCAGACUUCAGAAGGCAAAAAUCUCACAAGACAAAGGAAAAAUAUGCAAACACGAAAAACGAAGAAAGCGUGGAAAGUGAUGGAUCAGGUUCAGGAAGCAGUAGUAGUUCUAGUGACGAGAUGGUAAAAACCAAGAAGCACAGUAAAAAAUCUUCGUCGAAAAAAGUUAUCAUCCGCAACAUAAAUUACAUAGCCCAGGGAAGAAACGAGUCCCAUAGCAAUUCAUCUGGUGAGGAGGAAUAUAUGAGGCCGAAAUCUAGCAAAAUGAAGAAUGUUGGCAGUGAGUUAACUGAGAAGGAAGGAGUAUUUGAUUCCGAAGAGCAAAAGAAAGAUGGGAAUUGGGAUAUCUUCCAGAACCUUCUCAUGAAGGACUCAGGCUCGAAUACAAUGGAUGUUUCUCAAGAAGAUUAUAGCCAGAAGGUUUAUGGAGAAGAAAACUCGUCUUCUUUAUACACAAGUGGAAAAUAUGCCGGUGAUGAUUUUCUUCUUACCGGAAGCUCCACAGGCAACGGAUUUGGGAAAAAAGAAGAUUAUAAAACUUUCGAAGGUGGCGAAAGUUUCCAUGGAGUUGCUAAGAGGACGAGCAAAGAUGAGGAGUUUUUAAUUUCAUCAAGAACGGCAGAAAGAGGGUACUAUAUGGAAAAUGCUCGUCUAGAUAGCACGGAGCCUAUGGUAAUGAAAACAAGGAAAGACGAUGAUUUUGUAAAAUUGGAUGUACACCAAAAUGCAGAAGGAUAUAUUAAUACGGAUCACAAUAUGUUUUCGGGAGAUCAAGCCAUGGCAAAUCGGAAUAUUCGGACAGCAGAAAACAAAGUAGAUGUCCUAAUGGACGACUCUUUCAUGGUCCAACCACGAACUUCAGACGGCCCAUCACAAACUCGGCCUAAAGAUGACAUUUUCUUGGUUACUGACAUGGCUGGAGUUGACAAGACGAAUAAAAACGUGCCUGGAAAGUCGGAAGAUAGUCAUAAUCAUUACUAUGAACCAGAAGACCUUAAAAUGAUGCUCGGGCAUGAUUUGGUCAAUGAACAAGACUAUAAGAAUGAUUUUUUGCUAGUUGAAACAGUUGGGGCUCAUAUGAAAGGCGAACCAAGUGAGUUAAACGUGAAGGAGGGUAAAAAUGGAACAGGAAAAGAAACUGGACGAAAAAUGGGUAGGAAAGAACCAAUGUCUAGAACUCCAAGUGGAUCUUUGGGAAGGAGAAAAUCAGAUAUACCACCGAGGAGCAAAAUAACGGUGACUGGAAAAACAAUGAAUAGAAGCAAAUCUGUAACGGAAGACGAGAAAAGGAAGAGAAUGGAAGAAUUGCUAAUACAGCGCCAAAAGAGAAUCGCCGAUAGAAGUUCAUCUAAAGGGCUUACUGUUAAACCGCCCGAAACAUCAAAAAGGCCACCAAAAGAAAUCAAGAAAAACAAAUCUGUUUCAUCACCAAAUCCAAAUCCAAAACCUCUUGGCCCGGUUUUCAAGAACAAAAACCCACUUAAACCUGUCAUGAGGAACAAGCCUUCUUCGCCAGCUGGACCAAAAACUGAGCAUAACAAAAAACUGACUCCAAAUGUAAAAAACUCGCCAAAGGCAACUCAAGAGCCGAAAAAUGUCAUGGCUGAUGUUCGGAAGUCAGAAAAAGUGGAAGUCAAUAAUGGCAUUUCCGAAGAAGAUGUUGGAGAGGUCAAGAUAUUACACACGGUAACAUCGAUAGAAAAAACGCAAGUAAUUGCAGUUUCUGCUAAAGAUGAUAUGCUCGAGAAGAACAUCUCGGAUAGAGUUGAGCUGACGAUUACACCUCAGGUGGAACAAAAUGAUUCGAAACCGAGCGAGAGAAAAAAGUUGACAUUUUCGCCAGAGAUCUCCAUUGUGAAUAUUGCUACUACACCGCCAGAAAGUGAGGAAGCGAUUAUUCAUUCACGAAAGAAGUGGAACAAUGGCGAAAGCUCGCCUAAGAUACCCAAAGGCUUCAGAAGGCUCCUUUUGUUCGGUCGUAAAAGUUGAAAGCUGUUUUUUUGCGUGGAUUUGUCUCGUGUUCUCUUGUUCUGCAUGCAAGAAGCCUUGUUCUUCUGUAUUAUAGUAUUUGUUUUAAUUGUUUCUUGUGAUUUGCUUUUGCUAGUGUGAUGUAAUUGUGAAAUGAUUUUUUGGGUGUGAUGUACAUUUGCUGCAUGCUUGUGUCUUGAUGCUUUUCUGUGUCUAAUUGGAUUUUGAUGUUGUGUUUUGUUCUGAGAUGUAAUUUUAAUGUGGCUUUUUAAGAUUCAAGAGGUUGGUGAGUGAGUAAAAUCUUUU